AUGUACAUGGCGUCUUCCUAUGGUGUCAUCAAGCACGGGGGACUUCUAGCAGCUGGGAUUUUUGUUGUUUACUCUGUAUUUAUCUUUUCUUUCAGUGUUUUUAUACUCCUUGAUUUAAAGAUGCUCUGUGGGUCUGUGUUAUCUAUCGUGACAUUACCUACUCUACUUAAUGUAACUGUCUUAUUUAUUUAUUGAGUGAUACUGUCUGCUGACAUUUCCAAAUGUUGUAUUUUUCUUGUUACUAAUUCCCGGGAUGUCCAGAGAUCUCAGAUGCUCCUACAAGUGACACCAGCUCCCAGGCAGACAACGUGAAGCUGAGUGCUUUGCAGAAACAGCUGGACAUUGAGCUGAAGGUGAAGCAGGGAGCAGAGAAUCUGAUCAAAGCUUAUUCCAAUGAUCCUCCCAAAGUAAGUCGGAUACGAUCAAAUUGAGUUUAAUAAAAAAUAAUAUUUUUUAAAAUUGUUGAUGGGGGAGGGGCAACUCCCAAAACGCUCUUACACCUUUUACAUGACAUGCCUUUUACACCCUCACAGGGAGGUGAUACAAAUUACCAACUAGAUUUCCCGAGAUCUCUCACAGUGAAAUAGUUGAAAGCUUUUCUCAAUCACCCCUGAAGCACUUUUCUAAAUUCUAAGUAGAAAGGAUGCAUGUUUUUUAUUGUUUUAUUUCUGAUUUUAAAGAUUAUUCUUCCAUAAUGUGUGUCUAUAAUUCAGUCUGCCUGCAAGGAAGCACUGUAGUGUGCCUAGUGCCUUUCCCCCCAGAUGCAAGCAUUCCGCUGCUGUAUUUUGAGCCAUAAAGGCUCUCGUAUACUGAAAGAGAAACAAAGUGAACUGGAUUUAUAGUCCCUGCAUGUUAUGUACAAGGAUUGCCUGGAACUGACUUAAUAAUACUUUAAUAUCUGGGUAAAAAUCAUUGUUUGAGAUCAAUGAGAACAAAUCCUCGUCCACAUGUAUCCUGGGUUGUAAGUAGUUAAUUUCCUAGAAUGAGGUUAAUUAAUCCUAUAUUUCUCCAUACAGUUUAAUCAGCUAUCUGACUAUUCUUAUUACUGUUACAGAAUGCCAAACAUAUUGCUGCUGUCCUGGAAAAACGUCAAGACAGCGAGAAUAAAAUAGCCAGGUUGCGCAGUCGAAUCCAGUCACUUAUAAAAGGUAAACGUUCUUUCCUCGUAUGCAGUUUGAAAGAAUAUUAACCCCUUCAGACCGGAGGGCGUACUAUUACGCCCUAUUAUAGGCGGCUCUAAACGCCGCCGGGCGUAAUAGUACGCCCUCCGGUCUUUCGGUACUUACCCGGUCGCCGGCGGUCCCACGCCGGCGAUCGCGGUGGGGGGGACUCCCAGGGAGCCCCCCGCGGCACGACCGUCCUCCAGGAAGCCCCCGGCCGUGUGAGAGUGGGGUCCUAGCGAGGACCCCACAAUCACAUGGCCGGGGAUAGCUGGCUUCUGUAUUGCCAGCAGGGGGGCUGCCUGUAAUGACAGGUGGUCCCCCUGCUGGCUGAAAAUAAAAGUAAAACAAAUAAAUGGUGUAAAAAAAAAAUUAUAUAUACUUAGAUCAUAUAUAUAUAUUAUAUAUAUAUGAUCUAAGUAUAUAUAUACACAUAUACAUACACACAUGUACACCGUCUAGGUGUAUUUUACUAUUAAUAUAUAUAUAAUUAUAUAUAUAUAUUAAUAUCAAAUUACACGUAGACUGAUACUGAUUAAAUAUAUAUAUAAUUAUUGUUAUAUAUAUAUUUAUAUAUAUUAUAAAAAAAAUUAAAAUGUAAAUACGUUAAAAAAUAAAAUUAAAAAAAUAAUUAAAAAUAAAUAAUUAAAAAAUAUAUAGAUGUGUGUUAUUUCGUUCUAACUGUAUUGUGAAAUUAAUAUAUAUAUAUAUCAAAAUACACGUAGAACGAAAUAAUAUAUAUAUCUAUAUACAUAAAUAUAUACGUAUAUAUCACUAUAUAUAUACCUAUAUAUAAAUAAAAAUAUUUUUUAAAAUUAUAUAGAUAUAUACAUAUAUAUACACAUACGUAUAUAUAUAUAUACAUAUAUUAAUUCUACAUAUAUAUUUAUGUAUUAUUUUUACAUAAUUAGGUAUCUUAAUUAAUUACAAUUAGCAGGACCUGCCUGACAACCCAUGCCGAAAGUAAAGGGAAUUUAAUUUGCUAGCACUAUAUUUAACCCUAUAACUUUCCAAGACACCAUAAAACCUGUACAUGGGGGGUACUGUUCUACUCGGGAGACUUCGCUGAACACAAAUAUUAGUGUUUCAAAACAGUAAAAUGUAUUACAACGAUGAUAUCGCCAGUAAAAGUGAAGUUUUUUGCAUUUUUCACGCACAAACAGCAUUACAUGGACAAUAUUAUUGCUGUGAUACUUUUUACUGUUUUGAAACACAAAUAUUUGUGUUCAGCGAAGUCUCCCGAGUACAACAGUACCCCUCAUGUACAGGUUUUAUGGUGUUUUCAAAAGUUACAGCGUCAAAUAUAAGGCUUGCGUUUCAUUUUUUUCACAUUAAAAUUCGCCAGAUUGGUUACGUUGCCUUUGAGACCCUAUGGUAGCCCAAGAAUGAAAAUUACCCCUAUGAUGGCAUACCAUUUGCAAUAGUAGACAACCCAAGGUAUUGCAAACAGGGUAUGUCCAGUCUUUUAGUAGCCACUUAGUCACAAACACUGGCUAAAAUUGGCGUUUUUUGCAUUUUCACACACAAACAAAUACUAACGUAACUUUGACCAGUGUUUGUGAUAAGCUACUAAAAAGACUGGCCUUAUACUGGUUGUCUACUAUUAAAUAAUUAUACCAUUAUGGAAGUGUAAUUUAUUCGGGCUACUAUACAGUCUCAAAAAGCAACGUGUAAUCUAGCGAAUUCAAUUCUAAUACGUGCUAUACAGGGAGUGCAAAUUUAGGCAAAUGAGUAUUUUGACCACAUCAUCCUCUUUAUGCAUGUUGUCUUACUCCAAGCUGUAUAGGCUCGAAAGCCUACUACCAAUUAAGCAUAUUAGGUGAUGUGCAUCUCUGUAAUGAGAAGGGGUGUGGUCUAAUGACAUCAACACCCUAUAUCAGGUGUGCAUAAUUAUUAGGCAACUUCCUUUCCUUUGGCAAAAUGGGUCAAAAGAAGGACUUGACAGGCUCAGAAAAGUCAAAAAUAGUGAGAUAUCUUGCAGAGGGAUGCAGCACUCUUAAAAUUGCAAAGCUUCUGAAGCGUGAUCAUCGAACAAUCAAGCGUUUCAUUCAAAAUAGUCAACAGGGUCGCAAGAAGCGUGUGGAAAAACCAAAGCGCAAAAUAACUGCCCAUGAACUGAGAAAAGUCAAGCGUGCAGCUGCCACGAUGCCACUUGCCACCAGUUUGGCCAUAUUUCAGAGCUGCAACAUCACUGGAGUGCCCAAAAGCACAAGGUGUGCAAUACUCAGAGACAUGGCCAAGGUAAGAAAGGCUGAAAGACGACCACCACUGAACAAGACACACAAGCUGAAACGUCAAGACUGGGCCAAGAAAUAUCUCAAGACUGAUUUUUCUAAGGUUUUAUGGACUGAUGAAAUGAGAGUGAGUCUUGAUGGGCCAGAUGGAUGGGCCCGUGGCUGGAUUGGUAAAGGGCAGAGAGCUCCAGUCCGACUCAGACGCCAGCAAGGUGGAGGUGGAGUACUGGUUUGGGCUGGUAUCAUCAAAGAUGAGCUUGUGGGGCCUUUUCGGGUUGAGGAUGGAGUCAAGCUCAACUCCCAGUCCUACUGCCAGUUCCUGGAAGACACCUUCUUCAAGCAGUGGUACAGGAAGAAGUCUGCAUCCUUCAAGAAAAACAUGAUUUUCAUGCAGGACAAUGCUCCAUCACACGCGUCCAAGUACUCCACAGCGUGGCUGGCAAGAAAGGGUAUAAAAGAAGAAAAUAUAAUGACAUGGCCUCCUUGUUCACCUGAUCUGAACCCUAUUGAGAACCUGUGGUCCAUCAUCAAAUGUGAGAUUUACAAGGAGGGAAAACAGUACACCUCUCUGAACAGUGUCUGGGAGGCUGUGGUUGCUGCUGCACGCAAUGUUGAUGGUGAACAGAUCAAAACACUGACAGAAUCCAUGGAUGGCAGGCUUUUGAGUGUCCUUGCAAAGAAAGGUGGCUAUAUUGGUCACUGAUUUGUUUUUGUUUUGUUUUUGAAUGUCAGAAAUGUAUAUUUGUGAAUGUUGAAAUGUUAUAUUGGUUUCACUGGUAAUAAUAAAUAAUUGAAAUGGGUAUAUAUUUGUUUUUUGUUAAGUUGCCUAAUAAUUAUGCACAGUAAUAGUCACCUGCACACACAGAUAUCCCCUAACAUAGCUAUAACUAAAAACAAACUAAAAACUACUUCCAAAAAUAUUCAGCUUUGAUAUUAAUGAGUUUUUUGGGUUCAUUGAGAACAUGGUUGUUGUUCAAUAAUAAAAUUAAUCCUCAAAAAUACAACUUGCCUAAUAAUUCUGCACUCCCUGUAUUUGACCCUGUAAUUUCCCAAAACGCCAUAAAACCUGUACAUAGGGGGUACUGUCUUACACGUGCUGAAUACAAAUAUGUGCAUUUUAUUGCAGUAAAAGCAAACAGUAUUAUGACACUGACCGUUAAAAUGUCAUGUAGAACUCAAAAAAUCAAAAAAAAUUGUAUUUUCUCCCAUUCUUUUCAUAUUAAAUUAUGUUUCAUAGCUAAAUAUUUGAUAUUAAAUGAAAGCCCUGUUUCCCCUGAAUAAAAUGAUAUAUAAUAAGGGUGGGUGCAUUUACUAUGAAAGAGGUGUAUUAUGGUUGGACAGACAUGUAGCGCAAAUGCCAGGUUUUGUUUACAUUUUGUUUUGUUAACAACGUGUACAUUUGGCUCCGUCCUUAAGGGGUUAAUGGGUAACAAUGAACACGUAUUUUAUAUUUUUGAGAGUUUUCGUUUUUAGAGUUUGGCUGUGUGUCUUGGCCAUGAGAUAUUCUGGGUGCCGACUGCUUUUAUAUAUAGUGAUCCAUAAGUCACCUGUGGAGGUACAGUGUUCAUGGAUGUGACUAAACUUUAAAGAAACAAUCCAAGCACCAUAACCACUACAGGUCAUUAUUGUUACGGUGCCAGUAGUGCCCUGGUGGCUGCUUUGUAAGGAGUCCUUAGAAGUUCCUGUUUAGGAGCGUCCGGCUCUCCGUCGCUGGUAGUGGACGCAGGGAGCGGCACCUGACGUCUAAUAAUGGGGUGCCAGGGCAGGACUUGUACCAUAACCACAUCAAGCUUUAACUCUCUUACAAGGAGGUAUAAGAGAUCUGUACGUAUCCCAUAAAUGUCUACACUCCAAGGUUUUAUGAGGAAAUGUACAGCUGUAUCUUCCAGUUGCUUUGUCUUUGCAUUUCCUCUUAGAAGUGGGAGGUAAAGGGAGUAAUGAGAAGGUGCGAAUACAUUUUAUAUUAUUUUAUAAAUUAAAUAUCAUAAAGUCUAGGCUUGGAUAUAGUGGUGUUUGCUUGAUUCUCUGUUGCAUUGAGUUUAGAAUUAUUGAAGUAUUAUUAAUCACCGUGUAUAAUAUACAUUACUUACAUUAUGUCUCAACCUUUACAGAACAACCAUCGUUACCAGCUCCGGAGACGGACAUUAAUACUGCUGCCCCUUCGAUGUUGGUGACGGACACACAGGAGCCAGAGCUGGCUGGGUAUUCACUUUACAUCUUUCUCAUCAAUGUUGUUAGGACCUGAAUCCAUCUCAGUUUACACCACCAUACCUGCUGAUUAUCUAUAUGUCUGUUGUGGGGGUUAAAUAAUGUCCUGAAUAUAGCAGCAUCAUUGUCUAAGAUAUAAAGAGUAUAGUGAUAUGACAACUAGAUAAACUAUAAUUUUCUUCCUUCUGAUAGCUUUUUUCAACUCUUCUCUAUGAAACCAAUUGUCCUACCGGAUGUGGAACUUCACUUAGACGCUGCUCCUGCUCCAAGUCAGACUUUUUUAUAUAGCAUUCUGCCUGAGAUUUCAAUUUAUAUUGAGUUCCCGGAUUUCCUGGCUCAGGUAAAGCUCUCCGAUGUGCUGGUUGUUCUUUACCUCUAAACUUCAUCAAAAAAAAUUUCACUCUGUGUACAAUAACCAUUAUAGCACAGUAAUGUAGUUAUGGUGCAAUGAUUCUGUGGAUAUUAGCCCACUUAUUUUUUUGUUAGACCAUUUAGGAACUUUUGGACAAAUAAGGGCUUGGCUGGUCCACAUGUCCCCUAUGCCGACAUUGAUGGUUGAACUCGGGCUAAAUCUGGUUCUUGUAGUUCUUGUAACUCCCUGUCAAUCAUUAAUAUAACCUCCGAUAGAGAAAACAUAGCGAGAGAGUAGACAUUAGACAAGGCUUCUAUUUCUCAUCCUUUGCCAUUUCCUAAAUCAUUAAAGGUAAACAGAGAAUCUCAGGGGAAAUGCUUUUAGUGUGUUAUUCAGUGGUAUACAUUGCAGAUAGGUAACACAAAAAAUCCUUUAUCAUGUAUGGUUUUCCUUUCUAGGAUUUUGGAGAAGGCCAUGAAUAUACCAGCGAUAGCAAAGAAAUGAUUACAAACCCAACACCAGACGUGCGGUAUGAUUACUUACCUGUGUUACAGGAGCCUUUUAUUCUAAGUCUUUUUUAUUGUGAGGGGUGUUUGGGACAAUUUAAAUAAUUUCUGAACGUUUUCCUUUCUUGGCAGUAUUCGUCUCCGGAUUCCUCUCACCAUGGAGGACUUCAAGCUCCGCUCUGUGCUCGGUAGAGGGAGCUUCGGGAAAAUAAGUUUAAGGUGGAAUUCCAAUUCUAGUUCGAUAUAACGGAUGUCUUAACAGAUGCAGCACAACAAUUUGUUCAUUUUAAUUUCAGGUUCUGCUGGCUAAAUACAAGGACACAGGCAAUAUGUAUGCCUUGAAAGUAAUAAGAAAAGGAGACAUAGAAUCAUCAUCAAUACUCGAUUGGUCAGUAAAUGAAGAACAAUUAAUGGUUUUUGGAAAGAAAAGGUCAUGUUUUCUGUCUUUUGUUUGUCAAUUGGUUUUGGAGAUCGGGGGAAAAUUAGUUUAAACUUUUAUUUUUCCUUUCCAGCCUUCUGAUUGAGAAGCGGGUAUUUCAAGUUGUGACCAACAGGCGUCACCCAUUUCUAAUUAACAUGUUUGGCAGUUUCCACACUCAAGAUCACGCCGUUUUUGUGAUGGAAUAUGCUGCUGGGGGCGACCUAAAGACACACCUCAAGCGAGGUCCAUUUCCAGAACCCAGAGCUGUGUGAGUAUAAGCUGCAGGUCUAAUCCAAUGUUCUGCACGAGGGCUACAAAUUCCAUAAAUUCUAGUUAUUUAUACCUGUUUAUGCCAGGGAUAUAACAGGGAUAACAAAAACAAUACUCAUUACAUUAAAACAGUAACAACAUCAUUCAAACAGAAUUUGACAAAUUCUUUAUAAAAAACCAAUUUGGUUUAAAAAAAGUAGAGUAAGAAGCAAUCAAAUAUAAUUGAGGAAGAGGAAAGAUAGCUAGCUCUGUGGGUUUUAGAUCGAGUGUAAACAUGAUUAGCCAUUAACAAACAUAUUAAAAAUGACUUCAUACUGUAUAAUGUGAUGUAUAUCCCAUGGGCUGCUGUAUAUCUGCCUGCUGUAUGUGUCCAAUGCUGUAUCAGUGCGGUUACAUGCACCGCUGUGUGCACCAACUAUAGCUUACGGUCUUGGAAGCAUCGGCAUUGGUGAAUGGAACCAGCUGUGAAUGGUAAACGACCAAUCACCAUUGUAUCAGCUGAUAAAUAACCAGCCACCAGCAGUGAGAGAGCAGAAGGAAACUUGGGAAUUAAUGCAAUAUGUCAGAACACAGAGUGACUUGGAAUAUACGGAAUUAAACCAGUUAGUAAUAAAACACUUCAUCUUCUAGAAAGUAACAGAUUUAUUUAUUAUUCCCAGAUUUUAUUCUGCCUGUGUCGUCCUGGGACUGGAGUUCUUACACCAACAGAAAAUCGUCCACCGGUAAGAUUAUAGAAAAAAACUACACAUGGAGUGUCCGUGAUAUUUGUGUUAUUGUAUUUAACCCUGUUUGUUUAUAGUAAGUUAUUCAUGUUAACCAUUUAAAUAGCCUAAAGAGUGAAUCCUAAACCUAAGUGCCUCUAGUGUUAUGUAAAAUGAAUAAAACGUAAUGUUCUGUAUUUUAAUAUAGAGACCUGAAAUUAGAGAAUAUUGUUCUAGACGAAAAAGGGUUCGUAAAGAUCACAGACUUCGGUCUUUGCAAAGAAGGUAAAUAUAAUUUUAUAAUCAAAACAUACAUUUUGACAAAGGUAUUCUCACUUAGUGAGGUCAAAAUGUCCCGGCAAUGUCAGAGCUAGCUUUCAUAUAAACAACCUUUUAAUAUAUAAAAUGAUGUGUAUGAAAUGUGUGCUUCAUUCCAAAAGAAACUCUGUAACAGUAAAAGUAUUUAUUUUUAAUUUAAAGUGUCCAUGGGGUCUUUCAGGUUAUGCGGCCCCCCUUUUAAGCUAAAAUGUUUUUACUCAGUCUCUAUCCAGGGCUGAGCAGGCAGUGUCGGAUGCACACACACAUUACACUCAGCCAGCACACACACUGGGGAGGAACAGAAGGAGUUAUUAUGGGGAGGGCAGAGGGUGAGACACUAUGCAUAGGGCUCCAGGUAGGCAAACCCCCAAUUAUUCUAAUUGAAAUUAUUAAAGGAGAUUGGGCUACUGCUUUAGUCCUUUAUAUUUUCACACCCCUGUGGUUACCGACAUGGAGAACCGUGUCUGACAGCAUCCCAUAAACUCCUGCUGGGUAAAGGUUUAUGGAGUGAUUUCAAGCUCCACUGAAUAACAAUCUCAGCAAUAUCUAUUAAUUUAUAUUCUUAUAGGAAUAUCAGAUCCAAUACAGAAACAUGUCAUCAGACGUGAGCUAACCCGUUAGCAUGUUCAAUUAAGAUUACAGAUCAGUCUAACUUAGUCAUUCCAAAUAGAAUUUGCUAAAACUGAAUAUCUAUCUUCAACUUAUACCCAAUUCUAUUUUCCUUAUUUCUGAGGAAUCGGAUACGGAGACUCAACCGGGACCCCUUGGGGAACACCGCUUUACGCAGCUCCUGAAGUCUUAAAGGGCAAGCCGUACACAAGAGCUGUAGACUGGUGGAGCGUUGGAGUGGUCAUUUAUGCAAUGCUGUCUGGAAAGGUAAGAACAGUCUUUUGAUAGGAAUUUGUAAACAGAUUUAUUUUCUGCAAAUCCAAAGAGACUCUACCAAUUUAAAGGAGCACUCCACACACCUAAAGCAUUGUAGCUUGCUGAAAUGCUUUAUUUACGCAGUGUCCAUUUUCAUUUUAUAAAACGUGCAGAUUUCAAGGUAAAUUAACCUUUUUACACAGCUCUGCUGUCAAUCAUACAAAUGGUCCUGUUACUUCCUGGUUUGUUUAGCUCAGGGGAGAUAAAUUUGAGAGGCAGCAAUGGCCCAGAGCACCUGCCUUGCAAAGACUUCUCAUUGAGCUGCAUUGGGAGGUCUGUGAUUGGACAGUCACAGAAAGUCUGGGCGGGGUUAGAAGGGGAGGGUUUGUAAAGGCUGCAGUUAAGAGAUCUGUAGCUUUUGCAAGCUUUUUUUUGGUAUUACAAUAUUAAAAUUACAUCCCAACAUUCCCCUGCAUAUUAACCCUUUCCCUUUCCAAAAUAGAUCCCCGAGAGAUACAUUCCUAGUUGUUAUAAUCCCCUCUCAAUUAACCCCUGACCUCUGGUUCCCCAAGAAACAUUUGUCUGUCAAACACCUCCCACUCCGUGAUUUGCUUCUACAGAUAGUGAAAUAAAUCUCUUUCCAAUGAAUUAGCUCUAUCUUAUGCCCCUGGUCCCUGGUUACUUAGUCCUUUGGUGACUGUUUGAUAGCUAUGUGUUGUCAGGAUAUUUAUAUCGGCAGACAUUUUGUGCUAAGAAAGAAAUUAAAAGUGUACAGAGCGGACUCCAUUUUGCUAUCUUCAGGAUAACAAAGACACAUAACUUCCUUGCUUUCACUAACCACUGAGCCAGAGCUAAGGAAUGCAUUAUAUAAACACAGACACUAGUGACAGAGAAGACUAAGUAAUUAAUUUUACUUUCUAAAUUUCACAAGGUCCCAUUGUAAGUAAGGGGUGAAAUUGAGUUUAGAACUGUCAACUUUACAAAUUACGAUCAAAGUAGUUGCCACAAAGACUGAGACAAACGCUUUGAACUGACAGCAAAUCUAAGUUAUGGUAGUCAUUUUAGAUAAGCCAAAUGACGUCAAAAGCGUCAUCAGGAAAAGUUAACUCUCUCCUGGAUAGGAAGGUUUAGUAAGACGAGACUGCCCUCUAUGGAUCAAAUACCUAAAUUGCGAUCCAUCGAUUGAACACACCUACUGUUUCCUAAUUGGCCUUAUCAACUAAUGACGUACAGAGAGUCUGGCCCUUUAAAAGUUAGGACAAAGGGAAGAGAGAGGUUAGUUGGUAGAGAGAGGUUGGUGGAGUUUGGGGGAUUCCGAUUUGGACAUGCAGAGAGAUCCAGGACAUUCUCUGGGACUAACACUCUACUCUUUUUUUUUUUUUUUGAAUAUUUAAUCUUUAUUUAUUUUUUUUCCUUAUUUUAAAUACAUGUAUCAUACAAAAUACAUAUAUCAUACAAUUUUACAAUACAAAACAAAACAAUAUAGCAGCAGAAUAGGAAAGAAAGAAAAAUACUAGAAAAGUUUCCUUAGUAGAGUGGUAAUAUCAUUCAAAUAUAUCUCGUAAUUUUUACAAUGUUCAUGGAAUUAGUCUGCUUCUGAUUAAUCAACAUUAUUUUCUACAUCAAUCAUCUCAAUACAUUUUGACCAAACAGAUACCUUAUUGCUUAGUUUUUGUUUACUUAGCAUCAACUCCAUUUUAAUCUGAAACUCGAGUUGGGUUUUAACUUUCUUCCAGGGGACUUCUGAAUCUUUUUUCCACCAUCUCGCAAUUACUAUUUUAGCAGCUAAAAAAAGAUGUAUAAGAAUUACUUUUAGCUCAUACGUCAUAUGUGGCCAAUUCAAGUGCAACAGAACUACCUCUGGGGAAAUUAUCAACUCGAGUUUUAGAUUAUUGGAUAUGAAGUGCUGUAUUUUCAGCCAAAGAUUUUUUAAUUUAUAACAAUCCCACCAAAUAUGUCUAAAAUUACCUCUAGUACUAUUACAUCUCCAACAAGUAGGAUUAAUUAAAGGGUAAAUUUUAUUCAAUUUAGCUGGUACUAAGUACCACCUAUUUAAAACUUUAAAGUGUGUUUCUAGUAAAUUUAAUGAGUGUAUAUUCUUCUUAACAUCCAUCAUUGAAGAACCCCAUUGUUUUAUACUAAUGUCAAUGUCUAAAUCUUGUUUCCAUACUUGUAUGGCAGUAGGGUUUAUGUCCUUAACCAUUGAUUUAGUUAAUAUUAGAGCUUUAGAAAGUGGUUUAUUAAUUUUUUUUAAGGUAAAUAAUAAAUCAAUCAAAUUGCUCAAAUUAGAUUUUAGUAUUAUAAGGUGUGUAUUCAUAUAACUUUUGAGUCUUAAAAAAUUAAACACCUCUCUAGAAGGAAGAUUAUAUACACCUGUUAUUUGAGCAAAAGUUUUGAUUGAUCCUUCUAUCAAUAAAUGAUCUAAAGUCAUUAUCCCUAAUUUUUUCCAAUUAUUUAAAUUUAAGUCUUCCAAUUGAUUUUCUACAAUAUCUAACUCUAAAUAGCUUGGAACUUUUUUUUCUAUAUUCAUUGCUUUUUUAAUUUUGGACCAAUUUUCUAAUAAUUGAGUUAAAAUAAUAUUAGAGUACUCUUUUUUUUUUAACGUUUUAUUUAUAUUCCAAAUUAAACAAUCCAAGCUAGAGACCUCUCCUGCUUUCAUUUCCAUUUUAUACCAUCCCUCAUCUUUAUUUUCUUUAAUUUGCAUUCUAUAAAUAUGUAGGAUAGUAGCUGCUUUAAAAUUGUUCAUUAUAAAUGGAUAGGCAAGUCCACCUUUAUGUAAUCUUUGCACUAAUACUGAUUGUUUUAAUCUUGGCUUCUUGCCUUUCCAAAUAUAUUGAGUAAAGCUUCUUUGUAUUAAUUGAAGCCAAUGGAUUGGAAUAUGGAGAGGUAACAUUUGGAACAUGUAAUUCAACUUUGGUAUAACAUAUGAAUUAAUGACAUUUAUUCGUCCCCAAAAAGUAAUCUCUAAAUUUCUGCGGUCUUUUAACCAUUUAUUAAGGUCCAAUAAUAAUGUUAGAAAAUGUACUUCCAUAAUUUUAUUUGUCUCUCUAGCUAUUUUAAUUCCUAAAUAAUCCAUGCUUUCGCUAACCCAAAUAAAAUCAUAUUUGUUUUUAAUCUCUUGUUGCAUCUUUUUAUUGAGAUUAAUGUCUAAUAUCAAGGAUUUAUUUGUAUUUAACUUAUAAUUUGAUAUAAAACUGUAUCGGUCUAUUUCUUGCAUUGUAUGUUCUAAAGAAUUUUUAGGAUUUGUGAGAGUAAUUAAAAUGUCAUCGGCAUAUAAACUUAUUUUUUGGUCCUCAUCCAUUAUUUUAUAUCCGUUAAUCUCCUUAUUAUUUCUAAUGUUUUCAGCCAAUGGUUCGAUAGUCAGCAGGUACAGUAAUGGUGAAAGAGGGCAACCUUGCUGAGUACCGUUUCUAAGUUGGAACCAUGGAGCAACAAUAUUAGGUCCAAUAGUCCGUGCAACUGGAUUUACAUAUAAGGCCAUUAUGGCUUUCUUAAUCCAACCUUCCAGUCCAUAGUGUGAUAAGACGGCUUCUAAAUAUUUCCAGCUGACUCUGUCGAAUGCUUUUUCAGCAUCAAUCGACAGAGUCAGAACUGGAACAUCAUUUCUAUUUGCAUCGUCCAAGAUGUUAAAAAUUUUCCUUAUGCUUGUAUAGGAAUUUCUACCUGGAACAUAUCCUAUUUGAUCUUUGAGGAUAAUUAAUGGGAGAAGUUUUUUUAUUCUGGCAGCCAAAACCGAAGCAUAUAGCUUAGUAUCUACAUCUAUUAAAGAUAUUGGACGGUAAUUUUUGAUGUUGGUGGGAUUUUUAUCAUUUUUUAAAAUGGGCAAGAUAUUAGCUUUAAGCAUCUCUGCUGGUAGAAAUCCUCUAUUUGCAGCUGUAUUGAAAGCAGAGGUUAAAUAUGGACAUAAUAGAUGUUUUAUAAAAUAGAUUGCUAAACCCAUCAGGGCCUGGUGUUUUAGAUCUUUCUAAAUCAUUUAUAGCUUUCAUAAUCUCCUCCAUAGUUAUAGGUUUAUUCAAAAAUUCAUUUUCAAUAGAUGUUAAUUGAAACUUCUUUAUAUUGUUUAAAUAAUUUUUAAUAUCCUCAUCUGUAUCAAUUUGAGAUAUAUUAUAUAAAUUGCUGUAAUAUUUAUUAAAACAAUUUCCAAUCUCUCUAGGGGUUGUUGCUAUUUUUCCAUUCUGUAUUAUUUUAUCUACUUUAUUUAUUGAGGUAUUGAGGUUUACUUUAUUUAUUGAGGUAUUGAGGUUUCUGUAGUGUAGUGGUUAUCACGUUUGCCUCACACGCGAAAGGUCCCCGGUUCGAGACCGGGCAGAAACACGUUUUGAUGAUUAUGAUCAGUGUAUUCUAAUUCGGUACCCUAUUACAAUUAAUCAGGUGGCUACUGACUUUUAUAUCUUAGGGAAGCAACACUAAACCUGCAAUUUGACUCUGCCCAAUUUUUUUUUAACCUCAACAUAUGAGGAAAGGGAUUUAGGGGUGAUUAUUUCUGAUGACUUAAAGGUAGGCAGACAAUGUAAUAGAGCAGCAGGAAAUGCUAGCAGAAUGCUUGGUUGUAUAGGGAGAGGCAUUAGCAGUAGAAAGAGGGAAGUGCUCAUGCCAUUGUACAGAACACUGGUGAGACCUCACUUGGAGUAUUGUACACAGUACUGGAGACCGUAUCUUCAGAAGGAUAUUGAUACCUUAGAGAGGGUUCAGAGAAGGGCUACUAAACUGGUUCAUGGAUUGCGGGAUAAAACUUACCAGGAAAGGUUAAAGGAUCUUAACAUGUAUAGCUUGGAGGAAAGGCGAGACAGGGGGGAUAUGAUAGAAACAUUUAAAUAUAUAAAGGGAAUCAACACAGUAAAGGAGGAGACUAUAUUUAAAAGAAGAAAAACUACCACAACAAGAGGACAUAGUCUUAAAUUAGAGGGACAAAGGUUUAAAAAUAAUAUCAGGAAGUAUUACUUUACUGAGAGGGUAGUGGAUGCAUGGAAUAGCCUUCCAGCUGAAGUGGUAGAGGUUAACACAGUAAAGGAGUUUAAGCAUGCAUGGGAUAGGCAUAAGGCUAUCCUAACUAUAAGAUAAGGCUAGGGACUAAUGAAAGUUUUUAGAAAAUUGGGCAGACUAGAUGGGCCGAAUGGUUCUUAUCUGCCGUCACAUUCUAUGUUUCUAUGUUUCUAUUUUGUCCUUUUUGUUUUCUAAGUUUUUGAGAUAGCAUCUUUUCAGCUCGAUUACCUUUAGAGUAAUAUUUGAGUUUUAAUCUAUCCAUGUUUUUAACUAUCGUAUCUAUUAAUUUUUGCUUUAUAUUUUCUUUAAGUUCUAGUAUUUUUCCAUAAAUUUCGGGAGAUGGAGAUUGUUUAUUAAUAUGAGUCAUAUUUCUUAAUUCUGUAUGUAAAUAUGCCAAAGUAUUAUUUUUAUCAAGCUGGCUUUGUAGCUUGAUAAUAUGACCUCUUAUAACAGCCUUAAAGGCACACCACAAAAUAGAUGGAUCAAUAUUUUCUGAAAUAUUUUCUUUAAAGUAAUUUUUUAUAUUAUUUCCUAUGUAAGUUUUUUUUAAUUCGCAACAAAGCAAAUUAUCUCUUAACCGCCAAGUAUAGGCUUCCCUUUUAAAUGUACAAAAAACUAUUUCACAGAAAACUCCAUUAUGAUCUGUCCAAACUAUCUCAUCAAUCUUUGUUUUUUUAGUCAUAUCAAUAAUACUUGGAUCUACCCAAAUCAUGUCCAAUCUUGAAUAAUAAAAAUGCACUUUAGAAAAGUGCGUAUAAUCUCUCUCAUUGGGAUUGUAAAUUCUCCAAAGAUCAAAUAAAUUAUAUUUAUCUUUCAUUUUUUUUAAAAGCUUUUGCUUGUUUUAUCACCAUUUGGUUUAGAGUAUUUCCUUUCAUUAAUUUUUUAUCAAUCUGAGGGUCCAAUACUGCACUAAAAUCCCCUGCUAAUAUUAACUUUCCCACUUUAAUUUCAUCUACUUUUUCCAAAACACUCUACUCUUAAACUCUCUUGGACUCAACUCUUAAACUCCUUGACACUUAAAAUUUACUGAUACUUUCUAACCAACACCACUUUUCUCUAUUACUCACGCACCUCCAUACAACCAAUCAAGUUUCUGGGACUACCUACUCAUCUGAUGAGAAUAUCUACAUAACUGGUAAUUAUGCUGGUUUUAUUUAAUUAAUUUAAAUUAAUUAAAAUUUACUAAUAGCAUGAUAUAUGACUGGAUAAAUCACGGUCAGAUUUCAAUAUUUAGAAAUCUUAGUUAACUAAAGAAUAUAUAGUUAUAAACAUUCCAUUCUGCAGGUGGAAUUAAGAAUAAUUAUAUAUUAAUGUGAUAGUAUCACAUGUUAGCAUACCGCUGUUUUUAUCCAGGUGUAUUGAUUUGCUCUAAAAUAAGAUAAGAUAUCUUUUUAGGCAAAUUAAAAUUCGGCUUAUAGAAUCUGGUAGAUUAUUCUUAUUGGAUGGUUCCAGGAAAUGACUAAUGAGCUGGUUUGAAUGUUAUUUUAAUUGAAAAUUACAUGAGAAUAUGAUACUAUAUGCCUAGGAGGAUCUAGCCAGCAUUGAAAGGGUUACUCAGUUGAUUUAACUGUUAGCCAAGGUUUUAUGGCUUUUACUCUAUGUGAAGCUUUACUUUUUGUCUGUAAAGAUACCCUCAUAAAUCUUAUUAAGUGACAGAUGAUGCUGUUAGCCAUUGGAACGUGUAUAGCCAUUCCAUUGUAUUGCAUACUUAUGUUAUACUAAAUAUUCACUGAUUAUUAUCAUGCAUGCUGCCUAAUAUUAUUGUUAAUUAAUUGUUACAAUAAAUUAAAUCUAUUUUUAGAACAAUUUGUGAUUUUUAUUUGUAUGGAAUACAUUUCACUUACAUGAUAACGAUCUCUGAGAUCUAAGAGAAUUGAAAUAGUGGGCAAUUCUCGACUGUUUAAUAUUAUCAUCCCAUAAAUAUCCCCACAGUGUACAUAGUGUGUAACCCUCUGUAUACUGCUCCCUAGCUAAUACCUGUACGGUAAGAGAAUGCCCAAUAGUUUUGGCCCUAAUACUUGAAACAAGCUCAAUACUUACUUGUCAAAGUCUUCCUUAUUGAUUGUUUUUAUGUCUCUGCCAAAAAGGAAAUAAAGCCAUCAUAGCCCAUUAUACCCGAACAAAAUACAAAAAUCAAUACACCAUAUUAAAAGUAAAUAAAAACACCAGGAGAGAUAAAAUAUAAUAUAGACCUUCCAGCCCUUUGUCAAAAUGGAGAUUCCCUACUGGUGUGCAAAUCAUUCCGCUUAUUGAAAAUCCCAGCCAAUCACAGAGCAUCCCCUGAUGAUGUAUAUUAUAAGAGAGUUCGGUUCUCUUGUACAUUUCGUACAUUUCGUACAUUCAUCACUCGCACCACACACCUUUCAUGCAUACUAAUUUAAAUAUUAUACAAUCUGUACUACUAACAUUAUAAAAACCUUAAACUAUUCAAUUAUUGCUCAGCUGUUGAUUCCUGUAGUUUACAACUUUACAAACUGAAAUCGAGUUUUUUUUUUUAAUGUAUUUAUUCUCUAGUUCCCCUUCGAAAGCCUUGAUGAAGACAUGCUGACUGCGAGUAUCAUCAAAGGAAAAUUUCUAUAUCCAGAAUCUCUAUCAAGAAACGCUACUUCAAUAAUAAGACAGGUUAGUUGAAACACAUGUUUCGUGUUUAAUAAAUGUAAUAGAUUAUAUGAGCCAUGAUCAAACCGUCCAUUGACCAUUGAUGAGGGAAAUUGAUCAUGGCGAGCUGCCAUAGGAUGAAUGAAUUCUAAGUUCUUGGAGGUUUCAGGAUUAGACCCUCUGCAUGGAGCCUUGCGUCUAAUAAGUACAGUAAUAAUUUAUGACAUCACAUCCCAACAUAUUGCACCAUUACUUUAUAUGAAUGGUUUGACACAAGUAAGAUAGUGAUAUAAAGUGUGUAGAAAAGAAUGGAGGUUCCCAUGAUCUUUAGAAGAGGGAAUGUAUCAGUUUUCUUACUUACUGGUCAUACACAUAUCUCAAUACCUUAAAUUGGAUGUAACUAUCUGUGUGCUAAUGCAGGUAAAGAAACUGUAAUAGCAGUAUUAGCUGUAUUUCAAGAAUCAAGUCACAUAAACACACUGGGCACGGAUCAGUGGAAAACACAAACUAUUUUAUUCUGCGCAGAAUUAACACAGUGUUGACUCAUGUCUAAAAUACACUGGGCCCCAGUCCUCAGUUAACAGAGCUUAUAUAUCAUAAAUGAUGUAGUUCAUACGUAAGCGAGAUAUGUAAAGGUUACUCCCAUUACUGCAGUAAUUAAUAACCAAUUAACUAUUACUUUAUUCAUUUCCUACAUUACUGCGCAUGAAUAUUCUUAGCAUUCCUGGACAUAGGUCCUGACCCUGAUCAUGUACAGCUCUUGUCCCAAUAUAUGGUCAUAUGGCUCUCAGGCAUUUCCGAGAUGGUCUGCCACCUUCGUUACUGCCCAACAUAAUACCCAAAUAGCGAGAGUAUUGAUAUCGCCACAAGUAUUUCCUAGAAGUAAACAUAUCUAGCAUUCCUGCACAUGCGCUCAGCAAAAGGGAAGUACUGCAGUUUUUAACCAUAUGUGUAUCAGAUGUUUCUUGGGCAUCCUGCAGCCUCUACAACAAAACAUUCAUUAUUACUGAGAAUUAAACCAAACCAAAGAUAGAUUGCAAUAUAACAUCAAGGGACACCUCAUGCCACGAUCACAUAAAGCAUCACCCACAUACGUACAUUGCUACCACCACACUUUCCUUUUCCUCUCUGCUGUCCCUUUAAGCAUCACUCACAUAGUGCAGGGCAGUUGGCUUGAAAGAGCACGACACGCGGAGCUAGCAACCGGCCUCCUCCCUGUGUCAAGCUCAGUGCUUCUUAAUUACCUCAUGCACUUCUUAAUUGCCAUGCCACUCCCUCGUGCCACUUGCCCUACCCACUGUCUGCUAGCACAUGUUACUUGCCCUGUCCACUCUAUCCGUGUCCAUGUCAGAUAUGAUAUUAAUCCUUCACAUGCCUCAUUCACUUGCGGGUCCAUUUCACUCUCACCAUAUCAACAACCCAGUCUGCUCCCUGCUUUCCUUACACGAUUUCACUAA